AUGAAGUUCGCCAUUGCGUCCGUACUCGCCUCGCUCCUGGUCGCCGGAAUAUCCGCUGAAGGCUUUAGCUGCGCGAGAGUUCCCUACAUUACUUGCGACAGCCCAACCCUCCAGAAAGUCUGCGCAAGCAACGGUGUCACCUACGACAAUAUCUGCUACUUCAACAAGGCCAACUGCGACAACAAGGGCAACAAGGUAUUACUAGUACUUGUUCCAUCACGAUAA